AUGGCAAGCUGUACGCUUUUUCCAACCAUCUUAGCAUUCUUGUUGUGUAGCUCCGCCGUGGUGGUGGUGGUGGAAUCAGGGAUAGGGGUGAACUGGGGCACGUUGUCCCUCCACAGACUGUCGCCGGAGACGGUGGUGAAUCUGUUGAAGGACAACAAGAUUUCAAAAGUGAAGCUUUUUGAUACAGACCCAUAUUCGCUUAAAGCUUUGAUGGGGAGUGGGAUUGAGGUUAUGGUUGGGAUCCCCAAUGACAUGCUGUCGGCGCUCAGCUCCUCCUCCGCCGCUUCUGAUUUGUGGGUUUCUCAGAAUGUCUCUAGAUACAUGGUUAAAGGCGGUGUUAACAUCAAGUAUGUUGCUGUAGGAAAUGAACCAUUUCUGACGAGUUAUUCUGGUCAAUAUCAAUCUUAUGUUGUACCUGCUAUGAUGAAUAUACAACAGUCCUUGGCCAAAGCAAAUCUUGCAGGCAUGAUAAAGCUGGUUGUUCCAUGCAAUGCCGAUGCCUAUGAAUCUUCUCUACCAUCACAAGGAGCCUUCCGACCUGAGCUGACCCAAAUUAUGACACAGCUUGUUACUUUUUUGAAUUCCAAUGGUUCCCCAUUUAUCGUAAAUAUUUACCCUUUCCUCAGCCUCAUUGGAAGCUCGGACUUCCCUCAAGACUAUGCAUUCUUUGGGGGGACCACACACUCUGUGAUGGAUGGACCGAAUGUUUACUCCAAUGCAUUUGAUGGAAAUUUUGACACUUUAGUUGCAGCGCUUGGAAAACUUGGUUUUGGCCAAAUGCCCAUAGUUGUAGGAGAGGUAGGUUGGCCAACUGAUGGGGCUUUGAGUGCUAAUCUGUCGGCUGCAAAGGCUUUUAACCAAGGUCUUGUGAAUCAUGUUCUUGGCAAUAAAGGAACUCCGUUGAGGCCAGGUGUGCCUCCUAUGGAUGUUUAUCUUUUCAGUCUCUUUGAUGAAGGGGCAAAAAGCGUACUUCCAGGGAACUUCGAGAGACACUGGGGCAUUUUCUCUUUUGAUGGCCAGGCAAAGUACUCGCUAAACCUCGGGAAUGGAUUAUUAAAGAAUGCUAAAGAUGUUCAGUAUCUGCCUUCUAGAUGGUGUGUGGUGAAUCCAUCCCAGGAUCUUUCUGGUGUGACAGAUCACUUCAAAAUUGCUUGCAGUUAUGCUGAUUGCACUACACUCAACUAUGGGGGAUCCUGCAAUGGAAUUGGGGCGAAGGGAAAUAUUUCAUAUGCAUUCAACAGCUACUAUCAAUUCCGAAAACAGAAUCCUCAGAGCUGCGAAUUUGAUGGGCUCGGGAUGGUCACUUUCUUGGAUCCUUCAGUUGGUGAUUGCAGAUUUCUUGUUGGGGUAGAAGAUGCCUCUGCUAAUUCUUCAGGUUUCAGUCUGGGAAGUGGGGAGACUAUAUUUGCAUUGGUUAUUCUUUGGGGACUUAACAUUUUCCUCAUGUGA